GCCUUCCGACUUCCGCUGUCGCUCUGUGCAGAAGCCGCCAGAGUCUCCUCUGAGUUUCUCUGUCUUCUAGGUUCGCGUUCGUUGCGCAGUUACGAUGCCUCGUGGAAGCCGAAGCCGCACUUCCCGCAUGGCCCCUCCGGCUAGCCGGGCACCUCAGAUGAGAGCUGCACCCAGGCCAGCGCCGGCAGCUCAGCCACCAGCAGCAGCUCCACCAUCUGCUGUUGGCUCCCCUGCUGCUGCACCUCGGCAGCCAGGUCUCAUGGCCCAGAUGGCGACCACUGCAGCCGGCGUGGCUGUGGGUUCUGCCGUCGGCCACACGAUAGGUCAUGCGAUCACUGGGGGCUUCGGUGGAGGAAGUAGUGCUGAGCCCUCAAGGCCUGACAUCACUUACCAGGAGCCUCAGGGAGCCCAGCCAGCGCAGCAGCAGCAGACUGGCCCAUGCUUCUAUGAGGUGAAACAGUUUUUGGAGUGUGCCCAGAACCAGGGUGACCUUAAGCUUUGUGAGGGUUUCAGCGAGGUGCUGAAACAAUGCAGACUGGCAAAUGGAUUAUCUUAAUCAAGAAGCUCCAUUGAAGACAUGAAAAAUCACCCCCCAUGACCUGGUUGAUUUAGCAUAAAAAUGUGAUUGAUCAUGAAGAUACAAAGUGUGAAAUCAAGAUGAAACCUCUCCUCUAUCACUAAUAGCUUUCGUGCUUCAGAAUUGCAGUGGAGGAGGGUAUUCUUCUGAUGUGGAAGUUCAUUGAGUAUUGAGUUUGGGGCUGGGCAGAUGUUUAUGUGGCCUCUGAAACAUGCUUUUCUGAUGUUAUUGUUUGUGAAUUAAUUAGAAUAAAGAGAUUUUCUUUCAAAA